CCGGAAAUGACGGAGGCUCAGCGCUGACCCGGCAGUUUCUAACCGUUUCCACAGCUCGAGCUGGUCCGUUUGAGUCAGAGUCACGGGCCGAGGGUGACUCGGGGAAGAUUUGAAUCAUGUUCAUGCUUUGGUUGAUAUUUGAAGUAAUGCUCGUAGUGAAUGGUCUACAAGGUGAUGAUGAAUGGAUUGAUCCAACAGAUAUGCUGAAUUAUGAUGCUGCAGCAGGUACAAUGAGAAGGCCACAACAGGCCGGAACUGAGGAAGAUGAUAUUGAAACACGGACUACUGGGGAUUAUACAGAAGUUAAUCAGGGAAAAGAUUGUUCUGAUUGUGAGAGACAACUUGAUAAUGUACAAAAAAGGUUUGAAGAAUGUAGAAAGAAAACAUCAGCUGAAUCAACAGAAAUUAGUUGCAAUCCAGUUUUUAAGAGAUACCUGAAUAAACUGCUUUUGGAGACUGGAAAGUUAGGUUUGCCUGGUGAUAAUCAUGAAGUUCAUUAUGAUGCAGAAAUUUUAGUUACAAAACAGGAUGUAACUGAGAUUAAGAAGUUUCUCAGUGAUAAGGCAUGGAAGGCCGGUGCUUUGGAUGAUGCACUUAGUAAAAUUCUAAUUAAUUUUAAGUUUCAUGAUCACGAAAGAUGGAAAUGGAGAUUUGAGGACACAUUUCACGUGGAUCCCUUCACAGCAAUUACGUUGUUGGCCAUGCUAAUGCUUAUUGUUAUCAUAUUUCACAUCGUAUGGACUGUUGCCCCACCAUUUACACGACCUUAUCGCUUCUUCUUAUUGUGCUUUCUAAUUAGUUUUGUUUGGAACUGGGUGUUUUUAUACAAGACAGCUUUUGCUAAGCGACAGGCUAACUUUGCCAAGUUACAACUUGAUAAACCCAUGUGUACAGGGGUACAGAACAUGGAUUGGAAAGGUAGCCUACUUGUGUGGUUCAGGCAAACUUGGACAUUACAGAAUGACCCUUGUGAAAUGUACUAUGAGGCUCUGUUAGUGGAUCCAAUUUUGGAGGUUCCUCCAACCAAGGCUUUCAUGCUUACUGUAACAACACUGAUUACUGAACCACUGAAACAUAUUGGGGAGCCUAUCAGUCACUUUUUCCGCGAUCUCCUUAAAGACCUUCCAUGGAUCUGGCAGUUUCCUGUGACCCUGACAGUUAUAUUAGCUGUUGUUGCAUUCUGCUAUUCCUGUGGCCAUGCAGUUGUUCGAUAUAGUUUAUCUAGAUCACUUCCACAUGUCGGUCCUCAAGCUCCGAUUGCACAUCACAAUGUGCCAUAUAGUGUACAAGGCUCAGUUGAUAAUACCUUAUACCAAAGCGGAGGAUAUGUGGAUUACCAAGCUGGAGGAGAUGCUAACUAUUUUCCUCACAUCAGAAGAGACCCCAAUCAUGAUGCAGCAUUUGGAGGUCCCUCUAGGCGAAGGGAUCUAAAUGACCAGGGUGUAGAAGAUUUAAAGAAUUGGGAAAGAGCUGAGAUGGUAAAUAAUGGGCAAGGUGACAACCAUCUUCGCAGAAGGAAAGUACCAUACGAGAAAGAUUAUCAUUGUGCUAGAUAUUCUUCUGACCAGCUGGUAACAAAUAAGGAGGUAAUUAAAAAUAGUGUACCGCAACCAUCAGAGGAAAAUCCUGACAUAGAAGAUGUUGAUAUUCACCAAGCUCAAGAGAUUGUUGAACAAUGGGAAAGAAAUAAUUUCCAAAAUAAGAAGGCAACUGAGUUACCUGUCAGUAAAUUUGAUAAUCAGUUACACAAAGUGAGACGAGCAGGUGAGGAUAUGCAGAGUAAUGUUCCUGAAGAAUUUGGUACAAAAGACAGGCCACUUGAUGCAGUUUCACAGCUUCCAUCAGGAAUGAAUGUCACGGAGAUGAGUGUUACUGAGAAAAAGCAAAUACAGGAAAAGGAACUUGAAAAUGAGUUACCCAUCAUAGAAAAUGUGGGAGUGCAAGAGAAGUCGGUGCACAGCCAUGCUAAGAGGGCCAAGACCAGUACGGGUCCUGCCAAAUAAGAAAUCUUCACCCACUUAAAGGAAAGACCCAUCAAGCUGACCAGGGAUGACUGGGACAGUUUCUGUGAAGACAGGGAAAUGUAAAUAGACCAAUAGCCCAGUAAGCAACAUUGUACUGUGCUAUUCUCUGGUGAGCACAAAAACAAACACGUUGACCUGCAUUAGCUAUUCUGCAUCUUCAACAACUAACUCUUUCCAUCUGCAGGCACUACCAACCCCAGCACAGGAGACUGCACCCUGAGUUCCAGGUACCCUCUCCUCAAGAAGGCAGGAUGGGGCUAGCAGGCACUCCCAGGAAGGAGAACUGGCAGACAGGAACCUUAGCAGCUUCUUCUAAGGACUCUCCUGCUCCCUCCAACUCUCCAUUGCCAGAGACUGUGAACUGCUAGACCCAAAGGAUACUAGCCAAUGUCUUCAAAGUAACCAGAAUGUGCCAGUCAGCAAGCUUCCUUCACCCUAUUUGCUGAAGUCAGGCCUGCGCCUAGAUUGCAGUUGCGAUUCUGAAGGUAACCUUAAGGCCUACAGGAGGAACCAGGACCUGGGAUGUCCAGUUGUCUGCACGUGUAGCUUAAUGAAAGGAUAAUGGAAAUUUUCAUGCAUCCACUACAGGUACCAGGAAGGAAAGAUCUGUCCCAUAUCUGAGGUUCUCAAAAGCAUGCUACAUGUUCAACAGUGAGAUAGGUAAAGGCCAAAUCAUAAAUGAAGACACAGUUCCUUAGAUUAUAGACCAUAAUACUAGUAGUGUUGUCAGUGAGGAUACUUGGGCAUUGCAAGAGUACAAUGAAGAUUCAUUGCAUUCAACAGCACUGAAAGGAUUAUGAGGACAUAAAGCACAUAAGGAGCACACUUAGGAUGUAGAACAAAUCAGUACUAUUCACCAGGGAAUGGACUCCCUGAUGGGGCUCAUAUGUCUGGCAUGAUCAUUUUCGUGCAAACAUCCAGGAGUGUGAGCUAGCGAAACUAACUGCUUCCUGUAUCACAGCUGUUUUAGCAUUAAUAUUGGUUGAGGGUAAGAUUUGUGCAUGCAUUUUAGUUUUCAGACGUGAGAACAUCAGAGCCAUAUGUGACAGGAAAAGUCAAUGUUUAAUUGCAUAGAUUAAUAAGGGGUGGGUAAUUUUAUUCAUUUAAGGAAUGUGGCAAGCAGAGAGCUGACGGCCAACUACAUCAAUUAAAUAUUAACGAGCGUAACUCUAAACAAUGCUCGUGCCUCUUAAAAGCAGGCAACCAUAGAUUGUCUGUAGCUCAGUUGACAGUCUUCCAAUCUUUAAUAAUCAUCUAGGCCUGUCUUUGGAUUCUUGCCCUCAUCCUUUUCCUCAGUGGUUUCCUCUUGCUCCUGAAUCUCCUCAGCAGGUAUGUCCCUAAUUUGCAAAAUUGAGAUUGUGUUAGAUGCAGUGCAUCGCUAUGCUGCAGGAACCUUGUUUCAGUUAUAGUGUAAAGACCCAACCAUCCAGGCAUCAGAGCCCCAUCUCUUCAAGGCCGGUCAGUGGUAUGUUCUACAACGGCUCAGACCCACGUGUGUGCCGCAUUGUAUCUCUCUUUAGCAUUUCAUAAACAAGGGAUGAGGGGCUGUUUGUUGUCACCAUUAACCAUCCUUAUGUGGGCUGAGAGCUUUUGAAAAAGUGGUCCAGGAUGUAAAUCUUGUGCAGUUCCUUAGACAUAUGGUGCAGAUCUGCAAUGUGGUCACAAAUUACUUAAAUGUUGUGGAGUGAAAUCCUUUAUUGAAAAAGGUUGCUGGUUCAUGGUAGGGUCCUCAGACAGCUAUUUGAGUGCAUUCAAUUGCACCUUGAACUUGUGCAAUAUCACCAAGAUCAGAUUGCUAAUGUCUGAGCUAUCUGCCUGUCUGUCUCCAUCAAGGGGGAAAAGACAUGAAUUGGUGGGCUGUCAUAAAGAAAGUAUGAUGAUAUUCCAGAACAAUCUACUGGUGUACAAAUUAAGGGCAGCUGCUAUCUGUAGAGCUACCAGGUUGGGAUUACCACCAGUCCUUGUGACCACAGGUCCAUAUGCAAAGUUUAAGGUAUGAUACAUUGGCUUAGCAUAACCUGAGUUUUAUUCUACACUGUUUCUCACUCACUUGCAGAUACCUCAACCUAAGCCUUAUUUUGUAGGAGCUGUACUUUGGACUUGGUAGCUUUUGUCCGGCUUGUUCGGUGUUAGGAGACUAUGCAGCUACGGUGCAGUUAUCUCUGUCUUCUGUGGGGUUCCUGUCCUGUGCUAUGAUCAAAGAAAGAAUUGUUGGAUUGAUCCCUGUCAUGCUUCAUUCACUCAUUGGCAUAGAUCUGUGAAAGUACACUGUAUUAGUAAAGAGAUUUCAGCUCUGGUAUCCUUCCCCAUGAAGUUUCCAGGUUAUGCUCUGAGGUUAAGCUUGCUUCUGGCCAAAGCCAUAAAAAUGUUCCAUGUGAUUCUGCAUUGUUGUGCCUCUUGAAAGGGCAGAGCAAUUAGUUCUGUCUUACAGAAGCAGCAAUUAAUUUCCCAGAAAUGCUAGGGAAGCAACAGUCUAUAGGGAAGGUAGAAUUGAAGGUACUGGCAAAAUUAAUGGGAACUGAAAGCUGAUAAAUCUCCAUUACCUAAUAAUUUGCAUUCCAGAGUACUUACGGGGGUAACUAUUUCAUUGGCUGUCAUUUUCAAAAAUUCUGUAGAUUCCUCGAACAGUACUAAUCAGAUUGGAAGUUGACAGAUUAAACCCCACUAUUCAAAACAAAAAGGGUGGGAAGAGAAGCUGGGAAUUAUAGAAUCGAUGACAACAUCAAUAGUACAGAAAAUGCAGCAGUCUGUCUUGUAAAGGGACUUGGUACAAAACCAAUUUGGAUUUAUGGAGGGGAAACUGGAGAUUUAAGGACGUAACUUUUAAAAUAGAUAAGCUAUGGUGUAUUUGGAUUUUUAGUAUGCAAAAUCAAACUGUAUCAAAAUGAUAUAUACGCUGUUGUGGAUUGAGAAUUGGUUAGGAGGCAAGAAACAGUAUAAUAAGAAAUGGGUCAUUUUCAGAGUGGGAGGCAGUGAUGUCGGGUACUGCAGGGAUCAGUGCUUGGGGCCCCAGCUAUUUAAAAAAUAUGUAUCAGCAAUUUGGAUGAGAAAAAUGUAAUAUCUCCACAAUUUUGUUUAUAACAAAAAACUAGGUGGGAUUCUGUAUGGUGAGGAGAAUGUUAAAAAGGUUAGAUACAAUUAAAUUUUUUUUAAUGGAAAUAAAAGUAGCAGUAAAAGAAUAGUGUUGGAGAACAAGUUUGAACUCUUGUUAUUUCCAUUGAUGUUUCUAACUGUCUUUAUAAAUUUACAAAUAUAGCUUUAAUUGUAAACUUAGUCUAUUUUUUAGGAACAUCUGCAGCUGCAUGAAUGUGUUUUGGUGACUAAUAACCACCGUAGCCAAAUACAAAGUUGAAAUGUCCGAUCUACCAAACCAAGUUUCCUACCGUUUUUGUCGUUGAAGAGACCACUUAUACUGCAUUGUUCUCAAUAGGGCUGAAAUUCCAAAGUCUGGAUCUCACCCACUUUUUAAAUCACUUUCUCAAUGUACCAUGCUAACUUGAACAAAUGUGGACACAUACCCUCAGCUCUCUGUUCCUGCUCUGCUUUUAAAGUCCUAAUUUACAUUAUCGGCACACAAAAAUAUUCUUA